UUCAGCUGGAAACAUUACAACGGAGCGAAUGAAAAACCCAAGAGGAGCUUAACUUCAGAAAUCGUCUUUAUUAAGUUUACUCAACUUUUCAGUGAUAUGAAGAAAACAUGUUUCAUUUUUCAACUCUUAUUUUUGCACGGUAAGUGGUUUAUAUUGUGCUUGACUUCUAGUCUCAAAGAACCAGAAAUGCAUUCUUUAGGAACAAUAUUAAUACAGCAAAUAUCUACUCGAGUCAUUAUUUUGACUGUUUACAGCAGCAUUGUUAUAUUGGAUUUACUACAAAGAUGAAAAGACACAAAAGUAAUGGUCUAGUAAAAGAACAGGGCUAUAUCUAUUGGUUACACCCAUCUAAAACCGAAACUAGAAAAUAACAAAUAAAAUUGGUAAAAAUUGUGAUUAAGGUUUGACAGAAGACAGAUUGUCUCUCCUGCACUCCCAAUGAAAUGUUUUGCCACGGCCCAUAUUAAUUUGGUUUGAAGAAAAAUGAACAACUACAGACGCUGUUAAACAAUUGGCCGAGCAUUGUGUCAGCAAAAUUAAAUAAAUAGAUCAAAUAUUAACCACAAAUGCAGAAUACGUUUCUUUAGAUAAAAGCAUCUGCCGAAUGCAUAAAUGUAAAUGUGAAUGCAAUAAGCUUGACGUAUGACUUAAAGAACGUUUACUGUAAUUGUAAAACUGUGUAGGCUACUCAGGUGUGGCCAUCAGUGAAACAAAUAAAGUGACAUUGAACUAAAGAACGACGAUUACAUACUGUGGCUGUUCACAAGGAAAAACAUCCUCUUAACUCAGUUCUAUAAACAAGCCAAUAUAACCACAUUAUAUGAUGAUGCUUUUGAGGGGAGACUGAAAGGCAGACUGAAUCUAAACCAUCAGACCGGAUCUCUCACCAUAAUAAACAUCACAGCCGAACUCACUGGACUUUAUCAACUAGAGAUUAUGAACAGCAGAAAACCUUCAUAUAAGAGAUUCAAUGUUACUGUGCACGCUUAACUUCUCGCUCCUGUUGUCAGCUCUCCACAAUGUACUUCAUCUGAACGAUUAUCCAGCUCAAACUGUUCUGUGUUGUGUUCGGUGGUGAAUGUGGCACAUAUGAGUCUCUCCUGGUACAAAGGAAACAGUUUAUUGUCCAGCAUCAGUGUGUCUGAUCUCAACAUCAGACUCUCUCUACCUCUGGAGGUGGAAUAUCACGAUACAAACACAUACAGAUGUGUGGUCACCAAUUCGAGUAGCAACCAGACUCAACGGCUCAACAUCACCGAUUUCUGUCAGCCAUGUUCAGUAAAGGAGUCAGGUGUCAAUGAAGAACAGGACCAAAUCUCACAUCUUACAAUCGUGAUAUGUGUUAUUGUGUUUGUUGCUCUUCUGUUCUUGAGUGCAGUGGUUAUUUUCUGCUUUUACAGAAAGUUUAAAAAUACAAAUCAACACGAUCAUUCUCUGGGAGAAGAACUUGAAAGGCUAAAUGGUGUUUGUGGUGUGAAUGAAACGAAAUCAACAUCAGAUGGAGUAAAGUACGUCACAAUUAAAGCAGGAGAGUCGAUCAAACUGGACACUGGCGUUAAAGACAUACAAACAUGUGAUCUGAUACAGUGGAAGUUUGGAGAAGCAGGAGAAUCCACUAAUCCAUUCAUUCCCAUAGGCAGAAUAGAUAAAAACAAUCAAGAAUUAUUACAAAAAGACAGACUGAAGCUAAAUAAACAGACUGGAUCUAUAACUGUCGAAAACAGCAGAACCACAGACGCUGGUGUUUAUAAACUAGAAAUCAACAGCAGCAAAGAUUCAAUCACCAAGUCUUUCUUUGUUACUGUCAAUGAGUAGUUUAUGAAAUGAAUGAUGCAGACACGCUUUUAAUGACACCAUAAUGGUUAGUGUUUGUUGGACAGAUGUCAUUUUGUUGUUGUUUUAAAGUUUGUUUAAUCUUAAUGUUCAACACUUUUGGCCUGUGCUGCAGUUUAAAUGUUGUAUAUAGUUGUAAAUGGAUUCAAACUUAUGAAGUGAUUUCUGAUUUGUUUGUCCCUGUAAAUGUGAAAAAAUAAUAAUAAAAAAAAAAGGUUAAGUGAAAAUAAUCAUAAAAACACUAACACACUUCACGCACAUCUACUGCUGUUAAAUCCCCUGACUGAUAUCUACUGAACUCUAGUGGACAAAUAACCAAAACGUACCUUUGUUCUUAAAGAAAAAAUAUGGUCAAAUUGAAUGCAAAUACUAUUUUUUAAACAAUGGUAAAAUAAUAUUAUUAAAUAAUAUUAGUAUUGUUGAUAAAUAUUAAUAAUAAUAAUUAAUUAAUUAUUUGUAUUGUAUCUGUGCAUUUGGUGCAUGCAUAACUUUGGUGCAAGA